UAGCACGAGCUACAAAGGGGGGCGUCCCGGUGCGCGAGCGAGCGGGGAGCGUGGCCGGUGCCCCGCCGCCAGCCUCGCGGGUCGGCAGCCCCUGCACGCGGCCUGGGCCCCGCGCCCGCCCGGAGCCAUGAAGAAGAACCAUCCUAGCAAGCGGGGGCCCCAGGAUGGAAAUCAUCAAUCUGCGGCACCCGAGAAGGUCGGCUGGGUCCGGAAAUUCUGCGGGAAAGGGAUUUUCAGGGAGAUUUGGAAAAACCGCUAUGUGGUGCUGAAAGGAGACCAGCUCUACGUUUCUGAGAAGGAGGUAAAAGAUGAGAAAAAUAUUCAAGAGGUGUUUGACCUGAGUGACUAUGAGAAGUGUGAAGAGCUCCGGAAAUCCAAGAGCAGGAGCAAGAAAAAUCAUAGCAAGUUUACUCUCGCCCACUCCAAACAGCCGGGCAACACGGCACCCAACCUGAUCUUCCUGGCAGUGAGUCCUGAAGAGAAGGAGUCAUGGAUCAACGCCCUCAGCUCUGCCAUCACCAGAGCCAAGAACCGCAUCCUGGAUGAGGUCACCGUUGAGGAGGACAGUUAUCUUGCCCACCCUACCCGAGACAGGGCAAAAAUCCAACACUCCCGCCGCCCCCCAACUCGAGGACACCUCAUGGCUGUGGCUUCCACCUCUACCUCAGAUGGGAUGUUAACCUUGGACCUGAUCCAAGAAGAAGACCCUUCCCCUGAGGAACCAUCUUCUUGUGCUGAGAGCUUUCGGGUGGACCUGGACAAGUCUGUGGCCCAGCUGGCCAGCAGUCGACGGAGAGCAGACUCAGACCGGAUCCAGCCCUCUUCACACCGGGCAAGCAGCCUUUCUCAACCUUGGGAAAAGCCAGACAAGGGGGCCACCUACACCCCUCAAGCACCCAAGAAGUUGACCCCUACAGAGAAAGGCCGCUGUGCCUCCCUGGAGGAAAUCCUUUCUCAGCGAGACUCUGCCCCAUCCCUCCCACUCCAGCUUCGGGCUGAGGAGUCCCCAGCCCCCAUCCCCAAAUACCCAGGGCAGCUGUCCCGGAUCCAGGACCUGGUAGCGAGGAAACUGGAGAAGACUCAGGAGCUGCUGGCAGAGGUUCAGGGACUGGGAGAUGGCAAGCGAAAGGCCAAGGACCCCCCGCAGUCUCCACCCAAUUCUGAGUCAGAGCAGCUGCUGCUGGAGACCGAGCGGCUGCUGGGAGAGGCCUCCUCAAACUGGAGCCAGGCAAAGAGGGUGCUGCAGGAGGUCAGGGAGCUGAGGGACCUGUACAGACAGAUGGACCUGCAGACCCCCGACUCUCACCUCAGACAGAGCUCCCAGCACAGUCAGUACCGGAAGAGCCUGAUGUAAAGAGGGGACAGGUCUGGAACUUUGGGGGACACACAGACUCUUUAUUGCCACAUGUUGCAGGAUUAAGCUUUUUUAUUUACCUCAUUCAAAAAAAAAAAAAAGAAAGAAAAGAAAACAAACUCAUUGCUCUGGCUGAUGCCUGACACCCCACGGCCUUCCCCUAUAUUCUUUCCCUCCUUAGCUCCCUUGUCAGACUGGAGAAGGUGAGCCCCGUAGCAGAAAUAAGGAGCUUUCACCUGAACGAAGUAAUAAAGACACAGUCUGCUCAUUGUACACAUGCCACCUGCCUCCCAGACCUAAGGAGAACCACCAUAGGCAUGCCUGGACAUCUAGGUUUAGAGCGGCCUGGGCAAGAGGUUUUCUCAGAUGUCCCAUUCCAGGUUUUCAUGCUGAGGGUGAAAUUUCAGCUGUGCAGCUCUAGUUCUAGGGACCCGGGGGCCAGCACCACCUGUCCAUGCCAUAGGAGAAGUGAAAUUUACCCCAGACUUGAGAAGGAUAUGUGGAAUUAAAAGCUCCCUGGCCUGAUA